UGGGGGUCUCCAGGGACCCUGUCACCUCCCCAUGGGAUACCAGCAAAGGCAAACCCUCCUGGCCACCUCAGGGUGGUUUGAGACCCCAGCCUUUGAAUGGGUUUGUCUCAGCCCCCAGCAAAGCGGGCCCUGCCCCGGCCCCCCCGCCCCGCUGCCCCCUCGGUGGCUUUGGAGCAGGUGGCUCAGUAGCCGCACCAGCUGCAGUUGGCUGGACUUGCUGCGGGGGGCUGAGGCACGGGCACCUCGUCCCCUCUGCUGAGAGGCAUGAGGAACUUCCCCGGCAAACCGUGCCUCAGUUUCCCCCUCUGCAGAUGGGCUCUGGGCAAGGCCAAGGGCUGCCAGAGACUGGGCUGAUCCCCAAAGGGCUCCUGGCCCCGCCGAGGCCCCCAUGGAGGGGCUCACAGCAGCUGAAAUCACCUUGGGUGGAGAUGCCCACCCAUGCCCCCAGCUCUGCUUUCACCUCCAGAUACUGAGAAGACCCCGGGCUACUGGAACGAAGGGGCCAGGAGGAGGCUGGAGUCAGCCCUGGCAUUGCAGCCGGCAGCACGGCCGGCCAAAAACAUCAUCCUCUUCAUGGGUGACGGCAUGGGGCUGCCCACCAUGUCGGCAGCUCGGAUCUACAAGGGGCAGCUGGCCGGCGGCUCGGGCGAGGAGAGCAUCUUGGCCAUGGAGACCUUUCCCCACGUGGCGCUGGCCAAGACCUACACCAUCGACCGGCAGGUGCCCGACAGCGCUGGCACGGGCACAGCCUACCUCUGCGGGGUGAAGACCAAUGCCAAGACGCUGGGGCUGAGUGGGGCGGCUGUCUAUGGCAAAUGCCGCACCGCCUUUGGCAAUGAGGUGGACUCCAUCCUGCAUCGGGCCAGGCUAGCGGGCAAGUCGGUGGGCAUCGUGACAACCACGCGGGUGCAGCACGCGUCCCCUGGGGCAGCCUAUGCCCACUCGGCCAGCCGGAGCUGGUACGCCGACGCCGACAUGCCCAAGGAGGCAUUGCGGGAUGGCUGCAAGGACAUCGCCUAUCAGCUGGUGCACAACACGGAUAUCAACGUGAUCCUGGGUGGCGGGAGGAUGUACAUGACCCCCAAGCGGACCCCAGACCCUGAGUACCCGGAGGACCCGGCUCAGAAUGGUACCAGGAAGGAUGGCCUCAACUUGAUUGCGGAAUGGCUGAGCGCCAAGCAGGGUGCCCGCUACGUCUGGGACAAGAAGGGCCUGGAUGCGGUCGAGGAGGACUCUGUGAGCCACCUGAUGGGCCUUUUUGAGCCCAAGGACAUGAAGUAUGAGCUGAACCGCAACACCUCCACAGACCCCUCCAUCGUGGAGAUGACAGAGAAGGCCAUCCGCAUCCUGCGCAGGAACCCCAAUGGCUUCUUCCUUUUCGUGGAAGAUGAUCAUGUUCCGCAUGCAGGUGGCAGGAUCGACCACGGCCACCACAGCGGCAGGGCCAAGCAGGCGCUGAUGGAGGCUGUCAUGCUGGACCGGGCAGUGGCACGGGCUGGUGAGCUUACCUCCCCCUCCGACACCUUGACCAUCGUGACAGCCGAUCACUCCCAUGUCUUCACCUUUGGGGGCAACACGCUGCGUGGCACCUCCAUCUUUGGGCUGGCCCCCAAGAAAGCCAAGGACAAGAGAGCCUACACCAGCAUCCUCUAUGGCAACGGUCCUGGCUACAGCAUCCGUGAUGGGGGCCGCCCAGCCGCCAGCCUCCCCACUGCAGAGGACAAGGACUACAGGCAGCAGGCAGCCGUGCCUCUGGAGGUGGAGACCCACAGCGGGGAGGACGUGGUGGUGCUGGCCCAGGGCCCCAUGGCCCACCUCUUCCACGGGGUGCAGGAGCAGCACUAUAUCGCCCAUGCCAUGGCGUACGCCGCCUGCCUCGAGCCCUAUGCUGCUGAGCCCGGGUGCAGGGCAGCCCGCAGGGCCUCCCACGGCACCCAGUGCUCCCCACACCCCCUGCUCGCCCUCCUGGCCCUCUGCCUGGCUGCCCACAUGGUGGGGGGCUGAGAG